AUGUCUUCAAACUCAACAGAAGCAGCUCUAAUUGCAAUUUUAGCUGCUAUUACUACACAAAUCAAUCGUUACCUACCAAUCGGUAUUUUUUUCUUUGGUAUAAUUGGUAAUCUUCUCAAUUGUUUGGCUCUUUCUCAACGAACACUACUUUCCAAUUCUUGUUCUUUAUUAUUUCUCGCAUCAUCUAUUGCCAGUCUGAUUACAUUGAUCGAUGGUGUUGGUGUUCGUUUCUUAACUGGUUGGUCUGCUGAUCUAACCGCAACGAAUGAUAUUCUCUGUCAAAUUCGUUUCUUUUUUCUAUCUACAUCAAGAACUGUUGCAUUCUGGCUAAUUGCAUUAGCCAUAAUUGAUCGAUGGCUUUUAUCAUCGAUUAAUGUUCAUCGUCGACAAAUGAGUACAUUGAAAAAUACUCAGCGAGGCAUUAUUUUCGUCAUUAUUCUCUCAAGUUUAGUCUAUGUUCAAUACUUUUAUUGUUUUGUAGCCAUUCCUAUAGAUUAUCCAAUAACAUGUUAUGGCAGAUCAAUAUUAUGUCGAUUAAUUCACAAUCUGGAAUUUGCUUUACUUUCCGUUCUUAUUCCUUCUUUAUUAAUGAUUAUUUUUGGAUUAAUGACCAUUCAUAAUGUUCAUAAAUCUGCUCUACGUCAAGUUCAGCCAAUUAUCGCAACAUCAUCAACACAAACAACUGUUGCGAACGAAAGAUCGGCACGAAUGAAGAAAAUCGACCAUCAACUUCUUAUCAUGCUUUGUGUACAAACUACUCUCGUAAUUCUCUUUUCACUUCCUCAAGCUUGUUAUAGUAUUUACACGGUUAUUACUCAAUACGAUAUCAAUUCUCCACUUACAAAUGCCAUUGAUACUUUACUUCUUAAUGUAUUCAUAUUGUUCAGUUAUGUGACCAAUGGAAUGCCAUUUUAUGUGUACACAUUAAGUGGUGGAACGGUUUAUCGUAAAGCACUUUUCGAUAGAUUACAGGAGUUUUCUCGAAUGAUCAUUUGUCGAUGA